AUGAAAAAUUCGAAAUCUCCAUCAUAUCUUCCUCUUAUAACUAGAACUUCGUGAACUAAGCAAAAAACAGUUUCUACCACUUUAAAUUCUAGCUCACCACCUCGAGAUAUUGAAGUCCCUCUCUUUGGGGAUAAAGAAAGGCUAAAAGAGUUCCAUACUGAUCGUAAAAAGCUUACAAAGUAUGCAACCUCCGAAAGUUGCAAAAGCUUAGUUGUAAGAUCCGAUACAGUCUCAGAUGAUGCUAAUGCGAGGCUUAAUUUCUUUAGUUCUUAUCAGAACCUGCCUAAGGAAAGUGAAAGAGUCGCUUUUAGAAAAAUAAAGCAAUCACCGGAAUUGGCUUUCUUACUCUCCCUCUGAAAUAGGAACAAAAAAUUCUCUUCAAGCUUAAAUGGGGGUUAAUUGCUUCAGCAUGGCAGCUGUUUAAAAUUAUAUUUGCAUUCUUCUAUUAAAUCAGGUCAAAACUAAUUAUACAAAAUUUUUUUACAUAUAAAAAAAUUAAAUUUUUGUUUCUAAUUUAAAGGUGUUCAAUUUACCCAAAAAUUAGAAAAUUUUACCGAUAUUUUGUUCCAAUUUUAAGGAGUAGUGUUAAAAGAAAUUUAUAAAGAAGGUCUAAGCCCAAGGCCACUUGGAAUAUUUCAAUCAAACAACCCAAGUUCAAGAAGUAGAGAAAACAGCUAUUAUGAUUUAAGAAGCAUUGCUUUAGGAGAUACCUAUGCAAAAGCUUUAUCCAAAGGUAUUAAACAUACUCCACAUAUAAAAGAAUUGAACUUAAAAGAAAAUAGAUUAACGGAAAAAGGGGUUUUGAAAAUUUUAACAGAGCUGGUAGAAAAGGAAGCAAGAUAUCUUGUUUUGGCUGGAAACCACUUAGGUGAACAUUCUAUGCUAAAAUUAGUUAAACUUUUAGAUGAUUCUAUAUCUUCACUAAAACGUCUAAACCUAGAAAAUACAAAAUUAAGCGAAUCUGCCGUUAUUCAACUCUGUAGUUGCUUAAAGCAAAAUGCUACGUUGAAAAGAUUGAAUUUAGCCAAAAAUGAAAUAAAAAAUAGUGCAAUAAAGGCGAUAGGAGAGAUGCUAAUUACCAAUGAAGGGUUAAAGUACUUAGAUCUUCAUUGAAAUUUAAUCAGAGGAGAAUCAAUCAUCGAUUUAUUUGAUGGGAUAAAUCAAAACAAAUAUUUAAAAUACUUAGAUUUAUCAUGAAAUGCUCUCGGAAGUCUUAAAAACCCAGAAAUAAUAAAAUCGAUCGGAAAAGCAUUCAAAGAAAACACUACUCUAAUCCAUGUAGAUUUAUCAUAUAAUAGUCUAAAUACCCAAGCAUGCGAGAUAAUUGGGAGCUAUUUAUGUGAAAAUCACACUCUAAUAGGAUUGCAUAUGCUCGGAAAUGAUUGUAAAUUAAACGCCAAGGGUUUUAUUAUUCCUGCGGAAUGCACAAAAGAAAAAGAUGCUCACAACUUUCAAAGAGUUAUUAAUGAGCCUACUUUUAUGAUUCAUAGUGAAGAUAGUUCCAAUUGCUGAAUAUGUGAAAGAUGGGUUGAAGUAGAUUUCUCAUUAAAAUCUAACGAAAAUAAAGUUUAUGUGCAUUUAGAAUGUGAUGGGUUCAUUGGAGACUUGAUGGAAAAAAGUGAGGAAAACUUUCAGAUAAAAAGAGUAGUCCCGCCUGGGAUUUUAAAAUUUUUUUAUAGUGGAGACUCUGAUGUAAUAGCAUUGGAGGAUAUCCCUACUCAACAAUAUGAUAAACCUAUAGAAAUUAUGAAAAAUGAUAAAAAAACUGUUAAAAAUGUCAAUGUAAGCUAUGCUGAAGGCAUUUCAUGCAACCCUAAAAAACUUUUUAAAACCCAAAUUAGAAUCCCUGGAACUACCUUUGACCCUAAAAGGCCUGAAGACGAAAGGAUCAAAUGAGAAAUUUCAAUUAGCUCAUUCAAAGACUACAAAUUUGAUAAUGAACAGAUACUUAAAGCAAACUUUGAAUUUGAUUUUAAGAAUUCCCGUAUACAUCAAUUUGUCAAAGAUUCACUUGAUGUGUUCAAUACAAAAGAAUAUCUAGAAAGAGUCUAUCUUUUAUUCAAAGAAACUUACAGGCACUUAGCAGCAUUAAGUGGGAAUGGCUUAUAUUACUUCGGCCCAAAUAUUUUUACCGACUUUUUAUCACAAUGCAAUAUUUUUGAUGAAAACUUCGGGAUAAAUGACUUAGUCCCCCCCCCCCUCCGUGAGUGAACAAUAAAAUUUUGUUCACUCACGGAGGGGGGUUUUUUUUUUUUUAAAAAAUUUAUCUAUAAAUUUUAUAAAAAAUGUUUGUUUUCGAAAUUUAAAAAAAUCCUAAUUCGCAAAAAUUGGAAAGCAAAUAUUAAUACAAUUUGCAAAAUUUAUGUUUUAAAAAGCAAUUCGUUUAAAAUUAAAUAGAAUUAGCUCUAGAUUUCAUUAUGCUAAUUAUCAUUUAUAUAUCAAAAUUUUUUUCCAUAAAAAAUUUUUGUUCACUCACGGAGGGUGGGUUUUUUGGCAAAAAAUAGGGAUUUUUCUAAUGGUUUUGUUCACUCACGGUGGGGGGGGAGUUAGGAGUUUGCUGAAAUGCCACAAAAGGCCAAAGGUCAAAAAACGAAGUGAUAUUGGGGAAUCGCCUUUCCAAGUCUGAAUUUAUGGAAAUUAUCACGAGGAUUGCUAAUGAUAAAUACGUAAGAAAUAAUUUAUGCAAAACCACAGCUGAAGCAUUGCAAAAAUUAUUUGAAGACAGUUUGAUUCCUGUUAUGAUUCAUUUUGAUACUAAUAAAUGGAGAAUGGAAAAAUAUUGCUGCGAAGAUGUGGACUUAGAACUUAAGGUUUACAAACCGAUUUUUGAUGAAAUAUUCAGAUUAUACACUGGUAAAGCGUUCUUUCAAUUGAAAGGACAGAUGACAUUGGAAGAAUUUAGAAGCUUAUGUGUGGAGUCUGGGCUGUGUAUUGAUGCUAGAGAAAUCGAAUUUUGUGCUUAUAGAGCGAUUAUGUGUCAUAAAGAAGAAAUUUUGGAGAAAAAGAGAAUCGGAUUAAGCUAUGUGGAAUUUUUAGAAGCUAUUUGUCGCGUUUUUGAUCAAGGAGGAUGUAUAAAUGAUACUCUGAGAGACAAAAUCAGAGCAAAGAUCCAUUUGCUAAUAAAUUUAUGCCCAGAAUCGGUUAGAGAGUCAUUUAUCAUGCCUACUGAAGAGUCAUAUUUUAAGCUUAUGUAUAAGCAAAAUUCUUAA